CGAGUCGGGUGAUUUGAAUCAUCGACUUGCCUGGCGCGUGCGUGUUGCCGCAGCGUCCCAGGUGCUACAGUGUACUCGGACGUGGGCAGUUACGCACAAGCACAUAGAGCGGCGGCACGGCGGCAGCUCGCAGACGGCAGUCAAACAAUGCUGUUUCGACUGGUCGGAUGUACGGGUACCAUUUAAGUUCGCCAAGCUGAGAGAUCCGAGAGAGAGAGAGAAAGAUUGAUCGUCCGGCCAGAGUCGGUGCGACGAUGAUUCGCGUGCGGUUCAUCGGCUGAGGAAUCGCAGCAGGCGCUCUAAGGAUACCACCGAGUCGACGAGAGAACGCUAGCACAGCUCCCCGUCGUCCCCCGACGAGGAACGAUCGUCGGGCUUUACCUGGUGUGGUUUCCGUGGCUAGCCGAAAUUGUAAACAAAGAAUGGCCGUGGAGCCUCGCGAGGCCGGGCACACGAAGCCGCUGGUGCAGCUUUUUCCGAAAGCCGCGGAGUGCGUGUACACGAGUUGCUACUGCGAGGAGAAUGUGUGGAAGCUGUGUCAGGAUGUAGCGACGAGGCACGGAUCGGAAUUACAGCAUUGCUAUGUCGCGUUCGUGAGCAACCCCUGGCGUAGCGUUCCACUUUGGCGGCAACGGGCCGGGAAGGACGAGGACAAGCUCGUGGUUUGGGACUACCACGUAAUCCUAAUCUACGCACCCGACGAAAGGGCGGUCGUGUACGAUUUAGAUAGCGCGUUGCCGUUUCCGACGCAUUUUUGGAAAUACGCGAUGGAAACGUACCGGUCGGACGACGUGGUGCAACCGCAGCAUCACAGGAGGUUCAGGGUGGUGCCAGCCAGCGUGUAUUUACGAGAGUUCGCGUCCGAUCGGCAUCACAUGAAACGCGAGGACGGCACAUGGAUCAAGACGCCGCCGGAUUACCCGCCGAUCUCAACACAAACGUGCAAGAAUAACUUGGAUUCCUUUAUUAACACCGAGCCAGGGACCGGUUCCGGGAUCGUGUUGACUUUAGAGCAAUUCUUCGACCGGUUUCAUAGGCCGAUCGCGAUCGCAACAGCGCACCGCACGCCGCAGCCGUAAGCGACGCCGACUUAAAGCGUGCCGCCGAGUAAGUUUCCGCGAGGGUAACGAUCGUUCGCUUCGACAAAACACCUGCAAUCGUCAAAAUCAGUCGUAUGGCCUAAGGGAAUCGGUAGAGGCGCGUGCACGAUUGUACACGCGGGCUCAGAAAUUCGGACAAAAUUCCGUGGCGGCGAUCGUUGCCGGUCGAAAAUCGCAGCGCAGAUGCACCGGGGACUGGUUCGCGUAUCCUCGCCGCGUCUCGGACGGAACAUCGGGUUAGAGGACGCUGCGCGUUUCCGCAAAAAUCGAAAUCAAAAUGUUGCCGGAGAAGCAAAGCAGGAUCUCGCGCGUCGUCCGCGUCGAUUGCUCGCGGUCGCAUGCUGAUUGAAUCGUGAUCUGCGCUGCCUUUUCUCUCAUCCUCCGACGAAAGUCUUCGCCAUAAGUAUUUGCUCGUUAUAAACUUCCAGGCUAUGCUGAUAUACCUCCUCCUUCCCCACCCCCUCGUUCUAAAAGUCUUUUUUGCAGAGCGUCGACGGAGACCGUUCCGUCUCCGUCAAUGUGUGCUACCGAGUGUUGCGAUCGACCGUAUUCCAAGUAUUCGAGUCGUGGAUCUCUCGUAAGUGUCCUCGUCUAUUCGCGCGUAACGCGCGCGUAUAGAGGUACGCACAGAAAACACGCUCCGUCGCCGUCGCCGCCGCCGCCGCCGCCGCCGUCGUGAACGAGAAUCUUUGUCACGGCUUUGCUCCAUCGAUGGUAUAUUGUAUCGUUAUCGUUAUUGUGUCUAAAGACUGAUUGUAUUUAACGGGCGAAUCCGCUCCGAAACACUCGCGGGGAGGUGCCAGGGGUGGUCAGCCCCGGGCGGCCUCCUCCUCCUCCUCCUCGGCGAUACACGUGUCGCGUCGUAAGUUACAGCCUGUAACACACCGUUAUAAGAGAAGCACGCGUCCUCCGGCACAGAGACGCGGCCGAAAAGCGCUUACCGUUACCGUGCAAUCGAUCCAGAAACGUUUAACGGGCAGGAACAUUGAUCUUUCCGCGAGAUUAACGUAACAUUAUUACGAUUAUUGUAAUUCUUGUGAUACUUUACACUUUCUACUUUGAAUACCUACAAGCUAUACUUGUCUACUGUUUGUAUACUACGAAACUAAAUGCUUAACCGACCGCGCGUUCGCUCGUCUCGACUCUUUUAAACCAUUAUUGUAUCCGGGCCGGCCCGUCGUCGGGUCGGUCCGCGAGAUCGGUGGACCCGCGACGUAAUUCAUUUUUAGCGGCGGGCCCCGAACGACCAAUUGCCCACAUCGAAACGAUCGUCUUUUUUCAAACGAGUCAACGAACGCGUGUAUCUCACCGAGGCUCCCGGGUGCGAACAACGAAAAGAAAAGAAAACAAAAAAAAACAAAACUUGCAGAUAGAAAAAAAGCUGUCGCUAUUCUCGCCGCUGUUACGCGAUCUAGGCUCCAUAGAGCCGCCACCGGCGGCGCUCAUUUUUUCUCCGAAACGUUUCCAACAAACGUUGUUGUCCGACGAGCGAACGCAACCGGACCGUCGUCGCGUCGGCUCGUCCCGAUCCAAAUCUCGAGAGAUCGAGCCGCCGGUCUCGUCGUCGAUAGUUUAAGAGUUCGUCCACUCUUUGCCUUCCAGUAUCUUUCACUAGUUCUCUUUGUCUUUUUGAUCAUCGACAUACGUUUCUAUCCGCGACCCCGCCACGCGGCACGGUUCUCCCUCGCCGGUGAUGUCCGAUUUGUCGCUCGCGAGGCUGUUUCCUAUUUGGCCGGUGAUCCCGAAGGAUCUUCGGCGAAGACGCUACCGGAGAGAGAGAACCGUGCUCGCGGUUGGUCGUCGGGAUUUUCACGAAACUAUGCGAUCACCGAGGAAUAAAUCGAGCACGGGAACAAUCCUCGUCGCUUUCGCAAGAACACACCGGCGUCGUUAUCGUAUGGUAAACCCGGGACCGAUCUUUCUAGCGUUUCCAUAUCUUCGAGAACGAGAUAGGAAAACAAGGGCAGAAAGACCUAAAUCUCUCUAUCGUUCAAGAUAUUGCUGAAUAUAUCAGAUGAAAUUAUUAACAUUAUCACGGCGAUGAUAAUUAUUAUAUAUAUAUACAUAUAUAUAUUUAUCAAUAUUUCAUAUUUAUUGAUAUAUUUAAUGAUAUAUAUAUUAUAUCAAUUUCGAUACGGUAAGAGAGUUUAGCCGAGAAAAAUGUUGAAUUAUACAAUGUUUUAUAUAUACAUAUAUAUUUGUCGACGUUCGGUGACGUAUUUUCUUAUCAUUCUCAUUCUGCGAUAUACAUUUACGAUAUGACUCUAAGAUGAUCACAAAUCUUUUAUCCCGCAUGUUCACACAAAAUAUAAAAUAUAUAUACGCGAGCGUAUAUAUAUAUAUAAAUAUAAAUUAUAUAUAUAUAUGCGCGGCAAACGGCGAAUGAAGAAUCUAUUUAUAAAUUUCGUCUUUCGAGUCUACGACAAGUUAUUGUAAUAAUAAAUGGAUGCACUCCGUUCGUCUCCGCUUGAAAUCUUAUGAAUGUACUUUUGCAGACUCUGUGUAAAAGAAACGUCACGUGCUCCAAGGUCCACUUUCUCUCCUCAUCCUUGGCCGGUUGCCAUUGUUUAACAAAGCGCGACGCAGGGAAAAGAACCAUGAGCGAGAAAGGUCGAAGCCGACUUUCCAUUUCUCUCACGGGGAAUCGAUUUCGUUUCUCCGAACGCGAGAGAUAGUGUCGAUCGCGCGUCGACCUUGUUUGUCGCUGCGCUGUUUCGCGCGAAAACGAUUUCUCCCGAUCGAUCCGAUCCGUUCUUGCGACGGGCUCUUACUCGGUGCCCGUCGAAGUUACCGAACACGCGCGCAAACACACACACCUGCAUACAUACAUACGCACACAGAAACACACAUACGUGCAAAGUGGUUUUAAACGUUUUUUGCUCAUCGCGCGCGCGCGCAGUAUUUCCGGCGUCCGAUCGAACACCGUUCGGAUUCGACACACCUUGGGCAUCGGAGAGUUUCAAAAGGGAUACGAUGACGCGCAUGAAUUUUCAAAUGUAUAUUGUAUUCAAUUUGCAAAAAUAUAUAUAAUGUACAAUUACAGAAGUUACAUGGUGAAUUA